CACACCUCUGAGCUCAGAGCAGAGGACAGGAGUAUGGCGCAGGCAGCGAGGAAAAGAGGCGCCGACUACCACACGCUGCCCACCAGACUGGAGAUUGUGAACGUGGAGAAGAAGAAAGGUCUAUCCAAGUACUACGUGUACGUGAUACGAGUGACGUGUCGUGAUGGCUCCGCGUACCUCGUCAGUCGUCGCUACAGACAGUUCGACGAGAUGCAGAAACUUCUUGAGAAGAGGUUCCCAGUGGAGGCUGGCGAGUUCAGUCAGAAGGAGAGGAUCCUGCCUACGCUGCCAGGGAAGCUGUAUCUGUCAAGGAGUGCAGUGAGAGAAGUGACCGACAAGAGAUUGCCUCAACUCAACAGCUACCUCCAGCACCUCAUAUCUCUGCCGGACAACAUCCGCUAUGACUCCAUAGUGAAGGCAUUCACCAGACAAACACCACAGGACCGUGACAACCACAGCCAGGCGUCCAAACUACUCUCAGCCAAACCUGCCAGACCUGCUCCGCCCAGUCAGUCGCACACUCCGAGGAAGUCUUCCACCCCACCCCACCCAGCCCCGCCCUCAAGACCUGCAGCUCCGCCCACUAAACCUCCACCUCCAACUGCCGUCAGAGGUCCUCGGGGGAAGGCCUUGUACCAGUACACAUCCCAGUACGGUGACGAGCUGUCAUUCUCAGCUGGAGCAGUCAUAGCUCUGGAGGCAGAGGUUGACGGAUCUUGGGUGAUAGGGAGACUAGGAAGACAGUCUGGCCUUGUUCCCCUCACCUACCUCUCUAUCAUUGAACCUCUGCCCUCUACUCAGAGACUGGACGAUGGCAAUCAGUCUGAUGAGUGGGAGAGCGAGGAAGAGGAGCAGGUGGAUCACUCUGCCUCCUUCAUUACCUGCUAUGUGGGGGGUGUGGCUUCGUCAGUCCAGGUCGGAGCUGAUCUGAUUCGCAGACCAACUUUCCUCAGACUCAGGAAUGCCAUUCAGUAAGUGAUAUUCUGUAGUGAUGUAUACAUUAAAUGUGCAAGAAAGUCUGGAAACAAAUGAAAAGUACUAAAGUGCAAACCCUCGGCACACUAUAUAGAAAUGUGGAACCCAUACACAAGUGUGGCACCACCACAAUUGAUGGUCUUGACCAAAAAGAACAGCAUGUUAUGCACAUUAUUUUCAAUAGGUUGAAAAAAUGGCCAGCCCCAUUUCUGUUUGAGGCCAAAAAAUAUAUAAGGUUUAAAAAUUGCCAACCUUUCAUCUCUCUAUUAAUUUUCCUAUUACCCGUGGAUUGUUUAGUGGCAAAAAAAAACAACCUAAGGUUGAAAAAAAACAAACGCCCAGCCCUUCAUCUCUCCAGACAGACGUCUAGGACCAGUGCUAUGCCGAACUAUACGCUGCCCUUUGAGAAACAUGGGGACCACCUUGGUAGGAGGGACAUUGUACUCAACUACAGAGACAUUGACGGAGAUCUGAUAGAGAUUGUGGACCAGUCGGACCUUGACCUCAUGACCAAGACCACACCUCUGACUCUCUACAUCACUGAUCAGGGUGACCACACCCCCUACAACACUCAUCCUUAUAGAUGACAUCAUCAUUGCAUAGUCGCAAUUAUAGUACAUCACUUCAGUUUUAUGUUCAUCAUUUUUAUGACAUGACAUGGUAUAAGUGGAGAAACAAAAUGGCAGGAAAACUGAGUCACAAAGAGAGAGGGUUAAGAUAGUUCAGCCUCCUGCAGAGUGGCCAAGGCAAGGUUUCGACAAAGAGCUACACGUAGGAGGGAGAGUUUGCUGCUCUGAUCAGGGGGCGGGGCCUUCUCUGAGUCAUGUGACUUGGAGGUGGAUUGUGAUUGGUCAAUUCUGGAGUGUGAGGAGGUGAGUUGCUGGAGGCAGUGAGAGAGAGCCACUGUGUCUUCUGAUGAGAACACAAUCUGAAUUAGAAUGCAUCAAACAGAUUCACAAUAGCUAGAAAUUAUACGGAGAAGACAUU